AUGGUAUCUGGUUUUUACGACGACUCUGUACUGUCGAUAAAGGAGCUGGAAACCUUGGUUUCAUCAGGUUCAGGAUCUUGCCAGCCUGUUGCCCCAACCCGGGUGGUCUACAUUUCCGAUCCCUGCACAAAUCAAGAGAUCCAUCCAGAUUCAUACUGGGAUGUGUUGCGCACUUUUGGCUACGAGGACCUUGCUGCGACUCUUCGGGGGAAAUUAGUCAACCGUUUGCAGAAUGUGUUGACUCUUGAUUUGAAUUUCGCAGCCGAGCUUGAACAGUUCAAUGUUUGGUUUGUCGCAACGGCAGUUGAAAACCAAUACAAGCUUGAAGCAGCUGGACCGUAUCGGUUGCGCCAAUAUCCAGAAUACGUCACCUUUACAACUCCUGAUCAGGGCCAAUAUCCCAUCCCGGAUCCCACCUAUCUUCGCAUUCACGCUGCCUGUUCAAAUAUUGCAUACUUAUCAGGGGCAGCAAAUGCAAUUGACGAUUUAUGUAAUACUUAA